GUAACCGAGUUAAUUUUAAUCAACUUUAAUAUACAUUUAUGUACGUAAAAUAAUGAUUUUAAUCGCCUUUAUCAGUGUGUUACUCCCUGUGUUUGAUGUGUCUGUGGCAUAUAUUGGACUUGAUGAUAUAUACGCCAAAAUUACCUUAAUUGAAAGUACGAAUGAAGACAACAAAAAGCUCAAUGACAUUUUUGAAAAUGCUUGUGGCAAAUAUUAUGAAAUAGAUCGUUGGAGUGAGUCUAAUCUAAAAUAUCAGUUACCCCACGCUGUUAUACACUUCGCCGUCCCUGGUUCUUACAAUUACAAUCAUGAUAAGGUGAAAGGUAAUUUCGUGUAUGCCGGCAGUUUUACCGAUCCAAAUGAGAUAAAUUGCUUCAAGAAUGUCGACAAUGAAGUUUACUGCAACGAAACUGCUAAUCUUGUUAACGUUCAUCUAACGCAGCUUGAUGAUGGGUCUGUGUUCAACUUCGUUCAGAGCUUCCAGCUAGAUCGCAUUCAUUCUCUCACUGAAGAAAGAUGCAGACCAGGCUUCAAGAGUAUUGACAAUUUGAACACUGUUAUUAUUUGUCAGACAUUGAAGACAAACUUUAUGACUCUCAAAAAUAACUAUAACAAAUUUGAUAUUAAUAUAAUUCAAACUGAUGACAGUUCCUGUAAUGAAACUAUCAAAGAUAACCAACAUCAGCUCCUUGCGAUACUGAGAGCUGAACCUAAAGUUGAUACACAAAUACCAACUGUGUUAUUGAGGACUUCUUAUAUAUCCUCUGAGGAUAGAACAGGAUUGCCAAAUUCCAUGAACUUAGUUCCUUGGCCAUUAUUGAAGUUUGGAAUUUUGAAGUUUAUACAGAAUGUUGGUUGGCAAAGAGUGGUAGUAGUGUCUGAUGAUUCCGAGUUUAGCGUCGCCUUUGAAAAAGAGUUGACGGAUUUAUUGCACAAGGAAAAAAUUGUGUUCGCUUCUAUUCGAUGUGAUAGUGCCGAGUGCAGUUUAGGAAGUCUAACAAUAAAAUUGAGAAAAGCCUCACCAAUGAUAGUCAUCGCUAACAUGGAGAAGGGUAAUGAUGUAUUUGAAUUAAUAUCCAAAACCAGGCACUCUAAAAGCAGUCACUCUAAAACCACGUGGAUUUUAAGGGAUAUGAAAGACACAGAGUUGAAUUUACUGAAUGAACAGAUAUCACAAUUAUCACAAAAUAUAAACGUGUUCUCAGUCAGUUUGCGUUCGCAUAACUCUAACGACUACAACUGUGAUAAUAUGGAUAAUGAUAUCAGAAAUGGUGUUGCAAUCAUCGCUGACGCCUAUAUUAAUCGACACAACAUCAAUAGUUUUACUGACAAAACGAAGAAAAAUGAAUUUUACAGAUUAUUCGGAGAAAAGAUGAAUGAAGUAAAAAGAAACGAAGCUAUUGUGUGUGUCAAGAGAGUAUCACCAAAACAUCAAUUGGUAUCAACAAUGUACGUUAACGAUAGCGGAGCUGUAGUGCGUAGUUUUAAACAACCUUUCAAGAAAGUUCCAAAAGACUCGCCAUUUUGCCUGGCUUAUAGUUACAAAUAUUUCUAUCCCUGCGAUUACGUCCGGCCUUUAAUCUUUUUGUUUGUAGUUUUUAUGUUUCUGAUGACUGUCUGUUGGCUUACAUGUUUCUUUGAUAAAACUACGCCUCUGAACCGAAAUAAUUACUAUCGACAUUUUGAUUAAUUUCUUUAAUAAAUUAUUAUGUUUGCGACGACCGUCGCGCUGCUACUGUAGUAUCGGUACCAGUAGCAGUGCGUCAGUCGCCGCGUCGAGUACCAUGGAAUGCUGCUCGUGAAUAUGAGCCUCUAUCAUGGCUUGAAACCAGUCAAGUUCCUCGUCAAACAGGUACGUGAGUAAGCCGAAAAAAUAAUAAUUAAUUUAGUAUGGCUCACGAAAGUUUUAAUAUAAUUUAUUUGAUUAUUGUUAGAAAAGUAAACGUUAGCCAUAACUUUAAAUUACCAAAUGACAAAAAGACCAAUGCACAAUGUGUUAUAAUUGGUUUCCAUUCGUGUUGUUAUGUUUAUCAUGUCAUUAUGUAAGCGAUACAAUACUGUGUAAGGAUCUAUGUAUAAGAAAA